AUGUCCCUGACAAAAGCAGCAGAACUUGUUCAAGCACUUCUUCGCAAUCCCACUGUACGCAUCAAGAACAUUGAAGCGACCACGCAAAAGUUGGGCAAGAUUCUGCAAGAUGGCCCCAUCAAUCUGCACUUCAUUAGCGACUUUGAUAUGACCAUGUCACGUUACUGGGUGCGCAACCAGGUGACUGAUGCGUUGGAACGUAAUCCAUCAUGCCAUGGUGUGCCUGCAAGAUACUCCAAAAUGUCUGAUGAGUUUCGAAAGGCGUCGGAUAAACUGGUCAAGACAUAUUACCCGAUCGAGAUCAACCAGAAAAUGUCAUUUGAAGAGAGGUUACCAUACAUGGUAGAAUGGUGGCAAAAGGCACACAACUUGAUGAUCGAACAAAAGUUGUCUCGUGAUGGUAUGUUUGAUGAGGAUGAUGUCCAUACAAUGGAAAUUGACAUUGAGAAUACGAUAGAUCUCCGUAACAUGGCUGAAGAAGCUCACAUCUCUCUCCGUCCACGCGUCGAAACGGUGUUGUCCAUGUGUCACAAGACCAACAUUCCUUUCCUCGUCUUCUCGGCUGGUAUUGGAAAUGUGAUUGAUGAAGUCCUCAAGGCAAAGAAGCUUUUAUAUCCCAACAUGCACAUCGUCUCCAACAUGAUGCACUUUGACGAACAAGGCUAUUGCGAUUCAUUCGUCGACCCACUCAUCCAUGUAUUCAACAAGAGUGAGUUUCAACUCGAGACAACACCUUACUUUGAAUCCAUUGAAUCUCGUGCCAAUGUCAUCCUUAUGGGAGACUCGCUUGGUGAUUUGAAAAUGAGCAAGGGCGUGAAGCAUGAUUUGUGUCUUAAUAUCGGAUUCUGCAACCAUGAUUGGGAGACCACUGAGGACCUCUACACUGAAGCCUUUGAUAUCGUCAUUAUGCGUGAUGCCAACUUUGCACCUGUCGUCGACAUCCUUGAAGCAUUGAAGUGA